CGCCGGGAGAGCUGCGCCGGCCCGAGACGUCUGUCGCGCGCGCCCGCACGAGGCCGCGGGGUCCGGGGGCGGCGGGGUCCCGGCGUUGGGCGCCAUGGCUCCCGCGGGCGUGCGGCUGCCCCCCGAGAUCCAGCUGGCGCAGCGCCUGGCGGGGAACGAGCCGGUGACGCGGGACCGGGCGCUGCGGCGCCUCCGGAAGUACAUCGUGGCCAGGACGCAGCCGGCGGCGGGCGGCUUCACCCACGAGGAGCUGCUGAAGGUGUGGAAGGGGCUGUUUUACUGCAUGUGGAUGCAGGACAAGCCGCUGCUGCAGGAGGACCUGGGGAGGACCAUCGCCCGGCUCGUCCACGCCUUCCAGACCAACGAGGCCCAGCUCCUGUUCCUGCAGACCUUCUGGCAGACGCUGAGCCGCGAGUGGACCGGCCUCGACCGGCUGCGUCUGGACAAGUUCUACUCGCUCAUGCGUCUGGUCCUGCGCGAAUCCCUGAGGACGCUGCAGAUGCGGGGCUGGGAGGAGAGACACGUGGAGCAGCAUCUGGAACUGCUAACCACCGAGCUCCUACAUCCUGACAGCCCGGCCCCCAAAGGUGUCCAGAGCCACUUCCUGGAGAUCUUCCUCCAGGAGCUGUCCAGAGUGGGCGCCAAGGAGCUCACGGCCCAGCAGAACCUCAGGCUCAUCCAGCCCUUCUUGGAGAUCGCGGCCCGGACCAGGGACCGGGUGGUUCUGCACGGAGUCACGGGUGGCAUCUUGGAGGCCGUGGUGGAGCAGGCGCCCCUGGCCAUCGAGGACCUCAUGCGGGAGCUAGACACGCAGGAUGGGGAGGCCAGAGGUGAAAAGUCCGCUGAGGAGGAGGAAGAGUCUGAGGAGGAGGAAGAGGAAGAGUUUGAGGAGGAUUCUGAGGAGGAGACGGGUCCAGUGCUGCAGUUCGACUACGAGGCCCUGGCGGGCAGACUGUUUGAGGCGGCCAGCCAGCAGGACACGCCGUCCCAGAACCGGAAACGUCUCUACAAAGUGGUCAGGAAGCUGCAGCAGCUGGCGGAAGGCCUCUUCCCCGAGGACGAGCUCCCAGAUAAAGUCUGCCGCCGACUGCAGGCGGGGCGGCGUGAGAGGAAGGCUGGGAGGAAGAGGAGACGCGCCAAGGCCCGGCCCGGGCGCACAGGGGGAGGCGAGGAGCACGCAGGCCCAGCAGCCCCCCGAGAGCGGCGGAGCCGAGCGGCAAGAGGAGCCCGGGGGCGGCGGGGGCCCGGAGCACAGGGCCCGGAGCCGGAGCGGAAGAAACGGCGAGGUUCACGAGGCCGGGGGCGGCCGGCGUGACGGUGGUCUGCAGGGACGGGCUGCGGGACAGACCGUGGGCUGUGACUCGGGUUCCAGGGCCCCUGACCUCAGGAUGAGGGGCCUGGGUCCCCAGGGCUGGGUGGGCGGGCGAGAGGCUGGGCCGCGGGGCCCGUGUCUUGGCGUUGCCUGGGGGCCAGCGGACAUUAAAGUUGCCCUUCCGAGA